GAGAGAGGAAGCCGCAAACCUAACCCAGAUGAUAAUGUAAAAGAGAGCAUCCUCCUCCUGCAAUCACAGCUGCGUUUUAAUCUCAUUUCAUUCGCUUAUUAACUCGCAGAUAAAAAAUGGUGCUAUCAUUUUGACGCAGGUAUAUAUGCGAAUAAAAGGAGUUGAAGAUACCAAAAAAUCAAAAUCAAAAUUAAAAGAAGAAAUGAACAGGGAAAAGGGCCAAGUUUGCGAUGCUCCCUUCGACGACACAGCCCCGGCGGCCCCUCCUCCUCCCGAAAAAGAAAGGCUAUACCUAGUGUGGCAGGGUAACAAUAAAUUUUUGUGCAGUGGAAGAAUAGUAUUUGGUCAUGACGCUGCAUCACUGUUUCUAACAAGCUUUUUGAUUGGAUGUCCUGCACUAACAUUCUGCAUAAGAAUGUUUGUAAAGAUGAGACGACAAGAUGGACAUUAUGACUAUUCCGUACUAGCUGGGGGAAUAAUCCUCACUGUUUUGGAUUUCACCUUUCUGUAUUUGACUUCCGGUAGAGAUCCUGGUAUAAUUCCGAGGAACGCACGACCACAAGAAUCAGACGAGUCAUAUGACGGUUCUACCCCUUCAAUGGAGUGGGACAACAACAAAGCCUCCAGUUUGAGAAUACCUCGAAUAAAGGAUGUAACGGUCAAUGGCCACACAGUGAAGGUCAAAUUUUGUGACACCUGUUCGCUGUAUCGUCCACCACGUGCCUCUCAUUGUUCCAUCUGCAACAACUGUGUUCAGAAAUUUGAUCACCACUGUCCAUGGGUGGGUCAGUGUAUUGGAUUACGCAACUAUCCGUUUUUCAUUUUAUUUAUUUCGUCAUCGACGUUGCUGUGCAUAUAUGUGUUUGUGUUUUCGUGGAUCAACCUUGUCCGAGAAAGUGGCACUCUGUGGAGGGUCAUGGCGCGAGACAUCGUAUCAGUUAUUCUUAUAGUGUACUGCUUUGUAGCAGUCUGGUUUGUUGGUGGCCUUACAGUUUUCCAUAUCUAUUUAAUUUGCACAAACCAGACAACUUAUGAAAAUUUUCGAUACCGUUACGAUAAGAACGAAAACCCCUAUACAAAAAGACUACCAGAAAACCUGAAAGAAGUGUUCUGCUCAAGGAUUCCUCCCUCGAUGGUUAACUUCAGAGAAUGGGUUUUGGUUAAGGACAUCGACGUCGACAUGGGAAGGGCAUCCAUCGCUUCAGAAAGCAACAGAGGCUUCAUCGCCUCGAAAGAGAAAUUUGCCAUAGAGAUGGGAAAUAAGUAUGGAAAGGAUCAUCGCGGAGUUCCAAGUAUUUUGCAGAAACUGGACUACAGUGGCAUUGAUGAUGGUAACAUGAAGAAGAAACGGAACAAUAAUAAUUUGAGUGGCGGGGGUUUUAACGAUAAUAAUCUAAAGAAAGGGACUAAGGCGGCUGAAGAAAAAACAAGUUCAGAUGACCAUCGGGAGAGGAUGAGUAGUUCGGACCUAGGAUCAGUUAAUUCAUCUACUAAUGGUAAUGAAAAGAAGACUACUCAUCAGCAAUAGUUCCAAUACAAUUGGACUCCAUCCAUCCAUCCAUCCAUCACUAGCAUGCUUGUUUUCCAGACAAAUAAAGGUAGUGUUUCUCGAUCUUUUUCUCUGUGUAACUUUCCAUCAAGAAUUCAAGAUUGAUCAAGACAUAUAUUAUAUACAUUAGCUGAUGAUAAAAUUUCUCACACUACAAGAAAUAUGAG